AUGUCCGAACAGUAUCCGACGUUGGCGCAAUGCGCGCUUGUCGCGGCCGCCUUCAAGAUUCUGCUUUUCCCAGCAUAUAAAUCCACCGACUUCGAAGUGCACCGCAACUGGCUUGCCAUCACCAACAGUCUGCCUCUUUCUCAAUGGUACUACGAAAAGACUUCGGAAUGGACGCUCGACUACCCUCCCUUCUUCGCCUACUUCGAAUGGAUCUUGUCCCAUAUCGCGCGACUCGUGGACACGGCCAUGGUCCGCAUACACAAUCUCGACUAUGACAGUUGGCAGACGGUUUAUUUUCAACGCACGUCGGUCAUUGUAACUGAGGUCAUGCUUGUCUACGCCCUCCAAUUGUUUAUGGAAACCUCGCCGCUGCAGUCAAGGAGAGCAGCGCACGUUGUCGCGCUGUCCAUCAUCCUUUCGCCUGGACUGCUCAUCAUUGAUCACAUUCAUUUCCAGUACAAUGGCUUCAUGUACGGGAUUUUGGUGUGGUCCUUGGUACUUGCACGCUGCAAGACCACCCUGCUGUCCAGCGGCCUCAUCUUUGCGGCCUUGCUGUGUUUCAAACACAUCUACCUAUACUUGGCGCCAGCUUACUUUGUGUUUCUGCUCAGCACCUAUUGCCUGUCGGCCAAGUCCAUUUUCCGUCCACGAAUCUUCAAUUGCAUCAAGCUAGGCGGGUGUAUCACGGGCAUCUUCGGGGCAGCUUUUGGCCCUUUUGUGUUCACGGAGCAAAUGCCACAGAUGCUCAGCCGUUUGUUCCCAUUCUCGAGGGGCUUGUGCCAUGCAUACUGGGCGCCAAACGUCUGGGCCAUGUACUCAUUCACCGACAGGGUCCUCAUACACCGACUGACACUGAAAGAAGGCGCACUGUCCAGCGUAACGCGCGGACUUGUCGGCGACACAGCUUUCGCUGUGCUUCCCGAGAUCACCCCAAGGACCUGCUUUUUUCUCACUCUGUUCUUCCAGAUCCUGCCCCUUUUGAAGCUCUUUUCGAAACCCACAUGGGAGAACUUCAUUGGGGCUGUCACUCUUUGCGGAUACGCCUCGUUUCUGUUUGGAUGGCAUGUGCACGAGAAGGCCAUCUUGCUGGUAAUAAUCCCGUUCAGCCUGGUGGCACUCAGGGAUCGACGACACUUCGGCGCGUUCAAGCCGCUGGCUGUCGCGGGUCAUGUUUCGCUCUUCCCUUUGCUCUUCACGCCGGCCGAAUUUCCCAUCAAGACGAUAUACACCAUCUUCUGGCUGGUCUUGUUCCUGAUGAUAUUUGAGCGGAUGGCGCCGGCGUCGAACAAGCCGCGUUUCUUCCUUCUGGACCGCUUCAGCACCCUUUACAUUGCAGUAAGCAUUCCACUCAUUGUUUACACUUCUCUCCUGCAUCAGAUUGUGUUUGGGAAACGCUACGAGUUUCUGCCCCUGAUGUUUACCAGCUCUUACGCCGCUAUCGGGGUGUUUGGGAGCUGGGUGGGUUACAUGGUUGUGUAUUUCACAGCAUAA